GGAUGUUGUUCACUAUUAAUCUGUAGGGCAUAAGCAGCCUGAAACACUGAGCUCUCUCUGCUCUCGGUCUGCUUUGUCCCAUCAUUCAUCCUUCGCUGUGGGCACUGGAAACAAGCCACACUUUCCAGAAUGAACCUCUUCUGCUUCUCUCUGGAAGGGUCAAUGGACAGUCUGUAUGAGGCGGUACAGGAGUCAUGUAAGGACCAGGUUUACACCAUUCCCAACCGGUCCUGCAGCCCACAUGUGCUCCUAGAUGACCACAACAAAUGGAGGAGUGCAGGGCGAUGCAUCUCCAUGGACAUUUCACAAAUCAACACAGACUACAUGAAAAAGACGAGUCGAAGCUCAUUACAGAAAUCUUUCUCUGAGACUGAAGCUCUAGAUAGUGUCUGUACUAAUUCCAUCUGGCAUGCCACCAAAGAGCAGGAAGAUUUAGUCCUUCUGAGGAACAAUCAAAAUGAAGAUUUGGUAAGAGCUCUAAGCAGAGCUGAAUAUCAAACAAUGUCAAACAGACCGACUCAGACCAUCUUGAGAAACACGCAGAAAGAUUUGCCUUUUCAGACUGAGACAAAUGGAGAAAUGCUGCACCUCAAAGGAACAAAAGUGAACAAAGUUGAGAGGAAAGGCAAUCAUAGAGGAACUCCAACACAAGAGACAACAGUUAAAUGUCACAUCAAAGGUGCAGCAAUGGUGCCCUUAUUAUUAGAUACAGGGGCACAGACACAGGAGAAUUGUGCCCCUGCUGUAAGGUCAAGGGUCAUAGAGACAGCACCGUUCAGUGGACAGCGCCCGAGCAACCCUGCUGAAACAGCCCUGACCUGGGUGCCAGCACAUCCCUCCUAUCAAACUCCAAACGUUGAACAUCGAAUCCACAGUUGUAAAUGCACCACAGCCUCAAGUCAAGGACAUCAAAUCAAUGUUCAGACCAUAAAGAGAGACCCAUCUCCAAAAGGAGUAAUGCAACCCACCAACAUGGGUUUCGGUGCAUCCAAUCGAUCUACCAGUUUUGGAAGAUUUGACACUUUCAGACAUCACUCUCCGUCUAAGCUUGAGGAAGAUGGAACAACUGCGGCAGAUGGUGUAUCAUCAGUAGAGAAUUGCGACAAACCGGGAAGUCUGGGUAAAAAGAUGAAGGCCAUCUCGAUGACUAUGCGUAAAAAGAUGGGCAAGAAACAUGUGAAAACGUGCCAUGAGGACAUGGCUGAUGACACUGAAGGAGAAGCAGAGAAUGGAUCUUCAAUGGAAAAGAACUCAGAUCAGAGCAGUAACUCCUUAGAAAGUCUAUGCAGUGGACAGAGCUCUUCCAGUGGUGUGGCAAGCAGUUCAGAUGUAUCCAGUAACAGAGACAGUCUUAAACUAGAGGAGGAGGUGACCUACACAGGCCAGUUCUGUGGACGAGCCAAAGUACAUACAGACUUCGUCCCCAGCCCGUAUGACACAGACUCCCUCAAACUUAAGGUGGGUGACAUUAUCGACAUCAUUAGCAAGUCACCGAUGGGCAUAUGGACGGGUUUGCUCAACAACAAAGUGGGGAAUUUUAAAUUUAUUUAUGUGGACGUUCUGCCUGACAAAGAGAAAGAGGAGGAGAAUGAGGAUGAGGAGGGUCCCAAAAUAAGACCAAUGAAAGUUUGCAAGAAGCCACGACCAAACACACUCCUGGAGUUAUUAGAGAGGCUUCAUUUAGAGGAAUAUGCAUCCUCAUUACUUCUGAAUGGCUACCAGACAGUAGAUGAUCUCAAACAUCUAAAAGAAAGGCAUUUGAUUGAGCUUAAUGUGACAGAUCCAGAUCACAGACAACAGUUGCUUGCUGCGUCAGAAUGCCUCUAUGUCACAAGCAGAGACGAACAGGAAGAGAUGAAGGGCGGGGAAAAAGAUGAGGAUAAUGACUGUCUCAGAGACUCGGGUUGCUUUAUUCCUGUUGAAUGUUCUGACAGUUGAGAGACUAGUUGAAUAUGUCUCUAUCACAACUUGUAAUACACUGAUAAAGCUACAAUCAAGCACAAAGCUUAGUUAUAUGUGCUCUGUUGUCAUUAUACUUGUAUGUAUUUGGUAUGACGUUUAGAUGUACUUAGUGUUUUGUUUUUGCAGAUUUUGUGUUGUGUAUUAGUGUUAUCUUUUUCUGUUUAAUGUAGGUUAUGUGUGUUUCAUGUGAAAUUGUAUAUAACAAAAACAUAUUAAAUUAUUUAUUCUGUAGUAAUGAUUUAUUCACUUAAUUGUUUUUCAUGUUAAUAUUUUUUUAUGUAAUCUACUCCUACUAUUUUAAUCGAAUUACUUUAGCUUCUUUUGACCGCACAUUGUAACAUUAGAACAUAUGUAUAUAGCAUUUGUUUGGUUUGGUUUAGUUUAGUUUAAAACUUUCAUAGGUGUCGUUUGAAUUAGUAAUGCUGACAGCAAAUAUAUUUGUUAAAUAUAUACUGGUAUAUUUAGUUUUCUUUAAAUUCAUCUUCCAUUCUUUUCCAUCUAAUACUAGCUUACAAUGCAUUUUUUUUUUGAUAAAUCAGGAAGUUUUUACAUUAGAAAAGAGUAGUUUCAGCAGAGUUCACAAUACUGAGAACAGUUAAAAAAAGUUAAAGGUCAAUUUGCUUUAAUGUAUGACCUCUCUGAAAAUCUGAAAAAAAAUUCUGCCUGCCUUAUUCUGCCUGUAAAAACCCUAUGGUAAAAACCCAGCUAAAGUCUGUUUUUUGUGAUUUAAUGUUUUCUAAAUAAAAUUAUCCUAUACAAUGUAAUAAAGAA